AUGAAGACGUCAAAUGUUCUCGUUCUCACCUUAGUCCUGCUUUACACCAAUGCCAGCACAGAAUGGUCUACGCACACUGUCUGCAAAGAGGACAACUUGGAAAUAAAUUACAAAAGCUGUGAUGUCCAGCAAGAUUUUUCUUUCAGCAUCGACCGUUGUUCUGAUAUCACAACCCACACAUUUAACAUCAGAGCUGCUAUGGUCUUAAGGCAUAAUGAAAAGAAAAUAUUCAAUGGCUUGAACAGUUGAACAGCAAGGGGGGGGAUAUUAACCUACUCAGACACGCUUUGCAAGCCGGGUCUUUCUAAGCUUAUUUUCUGCGGAAAGAAGAAAGGAGAACAUCUCUACUAUGAGGGACCAGUCACACUGGGAAUCAAAGAAAUCCCACAGGGAGAUUACACCGUUUCAGCAAAGCUGACUAAUGAAGAUCACGUCACUGUUGCUUGUGCUGAUUUUACCGUGAAAAAUUAUUUAGACUAUUAUUAG